CUAGAGGACCAGAAGGGCCAAGAGGACCAAAAGGUGAUCGUGGAAAAAUGGGAAUGCCUGGUUAUCCUGGAAUUCCAGGUUUGCCGGGUGCUCCUGGUGUUGCUGGACCAAGAGGUUAUCCCGGUUUAGAUGGAUGUAAUGGUACAGACGGAAAACCAGGUUUACCAGGACGUGCUGGAAAUCCUGGUCCACCUGGUGAGCCAGGACCAUAUGGUCCAAAAGGAGAUAAAGGUGAACCAGCAACUUCACCAUCAGAUAAAGGUCAAAAAGGCGAACCUGGAAGAGAUGGUGCCAAUGGUUUACCUGGACCGAUGGGUUUUGAAGGGCCAAAAGGCGAAAGAGGUUUGCCAGGAUAUCCUGGAUCAAAAGGAGACAAAGGUGAUAUUGGACCGAUGGGCCAAGUUGGCAAAAUGGGAGUCUGUAUAGAAGGCGUCAAAGGCGAACGUGGUGAUAAAGGAGACAAAGUUGUAUGCUACACAAAAUCAGAUCCAUCAAUUGGACCACCUGGUACGGAAGUUAUCACUGUCAAAGGACCAUCUGGUGAUAAAGGUGACAAAGGUGAAGUUGGACCGAAAGGAGAUCCUGGUUUUGAUGGUGAACCUGGAAGAAGUGGCCCGCCUGGCCAAGUCGGUGAUAAAGGCGAUAAAGGUACGCAAGGACCGGUGGGAAGUCGUGGCAAAGAAGGAAUGCCUGGAUUGCCAGGUUUGAAUGGAUACAAAGGAGAUCGUGGUGAAACUGGUUUUCCUGGAUUGCCUGGAAUUAAAGGCACAAAAGGAGACUUGGGACCUAUGGGUUGGGGCGGCGAAAAAGGUAUACAAGGUCCGCCUGGUAUGCCUGGAGGUUCACAAGGUCGUCCAGGACCACCCGGACCCCCUGGACCAAAAGGAAAUAUUGGCUUGCCUGGAUCACAAGGAAUGCCAGGUAUCAAAGGUGACAUGGGGCCGAGAGGACCACCUGGACCGCCAGGAGGACAAGGAACGCCAGGAUUACCUGGAAGAGAAGGACCAAUGGGUUUGAAAGGAAACAAAGGAGAUCCUGGAUAUCCGGGUAAACCUGGAGUAGACGGCCCACCCGGUUUACCAGGUUUGACUGGAAGUAAAGGCGAGCCUGGAAUGAAAGGCGAUCCUGGAUUUAGUAUACCUGGACCAAAAGGGCUUGACGGCAUGAAAGGUUUGAAUGGAAUUCCUGGAAGUAAAGGCGACAGAGGUCAAAAAGGUGAACGUGGAAUACCUGGCGAUUCAAAAGAUGGAAUUCCUGGACCACCAGGUUUUCCGGGAGAAAAAGGAGAUAAAGGAUAUUCUGGUAGACCAGGACAACCAGGUUUACCGGGACUUACUGGACCGAAAGGUGAUUCAGGUAGAUCCUGUUCAUCAUGUAUACCCGGUAUUAAAGGAGAAAAAGGCGAUCGCGGAAGAGAUGGUUUGCCGGGAAUUCAAGGAUUAAAAGGUGAAUCAGGUCCGAUGGGUCCACCUGGACCAAGAGGUGAUGAUGCUAUUCCAGGCUUUCCUGGAUUCAAAGGAGAUCGGGGUUAUCCCGGUUUGCCAGGAAAAGAUGGGCCAAAAGGUGACAAAGGCCAGCCGGCAAUUAUCUCAUCAUUGCCAAAAGGCGAAAAAGGAGAACGUGGUUUCAAAGGCGAUAAAGGUGAACAUGGAUUGAAUGGAAGAACUGGUUCACCAGGUUUACCCGGUCUAAUGGGUAUUAAAGGCGAUAAAGGAGAUAAAGGUUUUCCGGGAUUUCCAGGAACACAUGGUCAACAAGGUAUUCCUGGUAUGCCUGGUUUACAAGGUUCCAAAGGAGAACCAGGAAUUGGUUUGGAUGGUUUACCCGGACAACCCGGUCCACCUGGAGUACGUGGUGAUAAAGGAGAUCGUGGUUUCCCGGGUCCAAAAGGAGAACCAGGAAAUGUGGAUUGUACUGGUGAUCUAACUUAUACUGGCCCACCUGGUGAUAUGGGAUUUCCUGGACCAAAAGGUGAACCCGGUGAAAGUGGUUCACCAGGAUUGAAUGGAAAAAAUGGAUUGCCUGGAUAUCCUGGAAUUAAAGGUGAAAAAGGUACUGAUGGUUUACCUGGUGCUCCAGGUCCACAAGGACCGCCUGGAAUGCCCGGAGAAAAAGGACAAAUUGGAAUACCAGGACCAAUCGGUGAACCUGGAAUGCUUGGACAACCUGGAACUCCUGGACCACCUGGUUUGUCGGGACAAAAGGGUGAUAAAGGUUUUCCUGGAACUGGUAGAACUGGUUUGCCUGGUAUACCUGGUAGUUCUGGUCCAAAAGGUGAUAUGGGUCCACCCGGUCAGUCUGGAGAAAAAGGCAACAAAGGUCAUCCUGGAAUUAUGGGAAUAAAAGGAGAUAUUGGAUAUCCUGGUAUACCAGGUAUUCCCGGAACAAAAGGUGAUAUUGGUGAACCCGGGCUUCCUGGAUUAUCCGGUCCUGAAGGUCCUCCUGGUUUCCCUGGUCGUGAUGGUAUGAAAGGAAAUAAAGGUGAUCCUGGUCGAUUUGGACAGCCAGGAAUGCAUGGUCUACCUGGACAAAAAGGCGAUAGAGGAUUUCCUGGUUUAUCUGGUCUACCUGGAAUGCCUGGAAAAGAAGGAAAUCCUGGAGCUCCUGGUCGAGAUGGGAUGCCUGGAAUACCCGGAAUGAAAGGAGAAAAAGGUGAUUCAAUACCUGGACCACCAGGUUUGCCAGGCCAACAUGGCGUAGAUGGAAUGCCUGGACUUAAAGGUGACAAAGGAUAUGCUGGAAUGCCUGGAAUGCCCGGUCAAAAAGGCAUUCAAGGUCCAAAAGGUGACAAAGGUUAUCACGGUAUUCCCGGUCCACAAGGUCCACCCGGUGAUGUAGCAAUGAAAGGCGAUAAAGGAGAUGCUGGUAUUCAACCGGGUGCUCCUGGAUUGCCUGGUGAAAGAGGAGUUCCCGGUAUGCCUGGUUUACCAGGAAUGAAAGGUGAUCCUGGAAUUCCAGCAACAAGUUUGGAAGGUAUUAAAGGAGAUAAAGGUGAUCCUGGAAAUCCAGGACCACCCGGACUUUAUGGAUUACCCGGUCCUAAAGGCGAUAAAGGUCUUCAAGGAUUACCAGGAUUUCCAGGACCAAAGGGUGAAACUGGUCAACCAGGACCUUAUGGCCCACCUGGUCCUCGUGGCAAUCCUGGACUUCCAGGUUUUCCCGGACAAAAAGGAGAAAUGGGCAAUGCUGGUUUUCCUGGAUUGAAAGGUGUAUCCGGUGAUGUUGGAUUACCUGGAUUGCCCGGUUUUCCUGGUCAAAAAGGUGAUCCUGGCUUACCCGGUAGAGGCGGUGAAAAAGGUGAUAAAGGCGAUCAAGGAUUACAAGGAUUACCUGGUAUUCCAGGAAUGAAAGGUGAUCGUGGAUUUCCUGGUGCACCUGGACCACAAGGUCAACCUGGUUUGCCUGGAUCAAAAGGUGAUAUUGGUGAGCCUGGACUUGAUGCAAGAUGCUCAGAUAUUGGAAAAGUUGUCAAAGGUGAUCGUGGCUUGCCUGGAAUGCCAGGAAUGCCUGGACCUACUGGACCACCAGGCAUUGGAAUCAAAGGAGAUAAAGGUGAUUCCGGUUUUCCUGGUCAACCCGGAUUUCCAGGAACUCCGGGUUUGCAAGGAAACCCAGGUUUGACUGGAUUACCAGGACUUCCUGGAUUGAAAGGUGAUAGAGGUUUGCCAGGAAUGCCUGGCGCGAAUGGAAAAGAUGGACUUCCAGGGCAACCUGGUCCGCCUGGUAAUGAAGGAAUGACUGGCGAUAAAGGAGAUAAAGGUGACAGCGGAUGGCCAGGAGUUCCAGGUUUACUUGGUGUAAAAGGAGAACCUGGCUUACCUGGAAGACCUGGAAUGCCCGGAUUGAUUGGACCACAAGGUGUGCCUGGUGAUAAAGGUGAUUCUUGCGUUGCACCAGUAAUAACCGGUGAAAAAGGCGACAAAGGUGAACCUGGAUUUCCAGGUCGUGAAGGUUAUGUUGGACCAGCUGGAAUUCCAGGAGAAAAAGGAGAAUCUGGACCACCUGGAGUUCAAGGAAUGCCUGGUCUACCUGGAUUUCCGGGUACAAAAGGUGAAAGAGGAUUUGAUGGUAUACCUGGUCCACCAGGACCCAAAGGAAAUCAAGGUCCAAGAGGAUUUGAUGGUUUACCCGGUGAUUCGGCAUCAAAUUAUUUUACCGGUAUAUUAUUAGUACGACAUAGUCAACAAAGUUCAAUACCAGAAUGUCCAAAUGGAAUGGGAAAAUUAUGGGAUGGUUAUAGUUUACUUUAUAUUGAAGGAAAUGAAAAAGCACAUAGUCAAGAUUUAGGAUUUGCCGGUUCUUGUUUACGACGUUUCAGUACAAUGCCAUUUUUGUUUUGUGAUUCGAAUAGUGUUUGUAAUUAUGCAAGUCGUAAUGAUAAAUCAUAUUGGUUAACAACUAAUGCACCAAAACCAAUGAUGCCCGUUAGAGAAGCAGCUAUACAAAAUUAUAUAAGUCGUUGUGUUGUUUGUGAAGCACCAAGUAAUGUGAUUGCUGUUCAUAGUCAAACAGUAUCAAUACCACAAUGUCCACAAGAUUGGACUGAACUUUGGAUUGGUUAUAGUUUUGCUAUGCAUACCGGUGCUGGUGCUGAAGGUGGUGGACAAUCAUUAUCAAGUCCAGGUAGUUGUUUGGAAGAAUUUCGUGCAACACCAUUCAUCGAAUGUAAUGGUGCGGCUGGUGGUUGUCAUUUUUUUGCUAAUAAAUUUAGUUUCUGGUUAACAACAAUCGAUUCGGGUAAAGAAUUUCAAAAACCAAUUAGUGAAACAUUAAAAUCGGGUAAUUUACGUAGCAAAGUAAGUCGUUGUGCUGUUUGCUAUAAACCCUGAAACAACAAACAAAAACCAGCAAAAAAAAAUUGAUGAAAUUAUUUCUACUUUCGCUAAGUUAUAUGAUUGAUUCUUUCUUUUGUUAUGAGUAUGUUUUUUUUUCUUUUCUUCUUUUUUCUUGUCAAUUUCUUU